GCGGCUGAGGAGGAUGGCGUUCCCGGGCUGCUUCUUCCUCCUCCUCCUCACCAGCACCGUGGCCCAGGGGGAGUACGGCGUGGUCCACGUGGUGUCAGAGAACUGGAGCAAGGACUACUGCAUCCUGUUCAGCUCCGACUAUGUCACCCUACCCCGGGACCUGCACCAUGCCCCACUCCUGCCCCUGCACGAUGGCACCCUGGCACCCUGGUGCCCAGGCCGGGACCCCUCGCCCCGGGCCCAGCCCAGCUUCCCCCACCGGCGGCCCCUCCACCACACCACCGCCAUGGUCAUGUGGGGCAACUGCAGCUUCUAUGCCAAGGGCUGGCUGGCUCAGGGCCAAGGUGCCCACGGGCUGCUCAUCGUGAGCCGGGUCGGCGGCCAGCAGUGUUCGGACAGCUCCCCGGCCCCCCAGGACCCCCACCGGCCCCUGCCGGGCCUCACCAUCCCUGUGGCCGUGCUCCGCUACACCGACAUGCUCGACAUCCUCAGCCACACGCGCGGCAGCGCCGCGGUCCGCGUGGCCCUGUACGCGCCCCCCGAGCCCAUCUUCGACUACAACAUGGUGGUCAUCUUCGUCCUGGCCGUGGGCACCGUGGCGGCCGGCGGCUACUGGGCCGGCCUGACUGAGGCCGACCGGCUGCAGCGGCGCCGGGCCCGACGAGGAGGGGGGCCGGGCGGGCGCCCUCAGCGGGUCGCGGUGGCGGCCCCAGGGGCACAGGAGGAAGACGACGAGGACGUGCCGGUGGACUUCACGCCGGCCAUGACGGGGGCCGUGGUCGCCAUGUCCUGCGCCAUCAUGCUGCUGCUCUACUUCCUCUACGACUGCUUCGUCUACGUCAUGAUCGCCAUCUUCGGCCUGGGCGCGGGCACCGGCCUCUACAGCUGCCUGGCGCCCCUGGUGCACUGCCUGCCCCUGCAGCCGUGGCC